UUAAAAUGUAUUUUUCUCGUCUAGGUAAAUUUGUAGAGCGUUCAAAAAUACACAUACCAUUGCGUUCGCUUCGAUAAUUUUCAGAUCACGUGAAUAAUUUGUUUCUUUCUGCGCCACUUAAGAUCCGGAUAAUUUUUUUUUUUUUGCAAUACUACUAUAUAAGCUAUAUAAGGCUUAAUGUCCAUCUUUUUUUUUAGGAAGAUUUAUUUGAGAUAACAAAUGAAUUUUACGCGCUUUUUUUUUCGUUCUUUAAGUCGUUCCUCUAACGCUGCUUUUUUAAAGCAACAAAGACACGUUAUUGUUGGCUCAAAAUCUUACUCGAUACUAAAAAGUUCAACUCCAAGAAAAGCUGUUAGUGUUAAGGUUAAUACUUUAAACGAUUUAAAACACUCUCACUCAAAUCAAAUUCGAACUAUGAAAACACUCGAUUUUGGUGGAACUAAAGAAGUUGUCUAUGAGAGAUCCGAUUGGCCAAAAGAAAAAUUUCAAGAGUUUUUUAAAAAUGAUACAAUUGCUGUAAUUGGAUAUGGGCCUCAAGGAAGUGGGCAAAGUUUGAAUGCACGUGAUAAUGGAUUAAAUAUUAUCAUUGGACUUAGAGAAGGUGGAAGAAGCUGGAAUGAAGCAUUGGCAGAUGGCUGGGUUCCUGGAAAGACACUCUUUCCUAUUGAGGAAGCCCUGAAAAAAGGAACGAUUAUUUUUAAUCUCUUGUCAGAUGCUGCACAAAAAGAACUUUGGCCUAAAUUUGUACCACACUUAACAAAAGGAAAGACUUUAUAUUUUUCUCAUGGUUUCUCUAUUGUGUUCAAGGAUGAGACUCAUGUUAUACCCCCAAAAGAUAUUGAUGUAAUCAUGGUUGCGCCAAAAGGAUCAGGAAGAACUGUUCGUUCUCUUUUCCUUGAUAAACGUGGCAUAAAUUCCUCUAUUGCAAUCUUUCAGGAUGUUUCUGGUAAAGCAAAAGAUACUGCUGUAGCUCUUGGUGUAGCCAUCGGGUCAGGUUACCUUUAUGAAACAACUUUUGAAAGAGAAGUUUUCUCUGAUCUUUUUGGUGAACGAGGUGUACUUAUGGGUGCAAUUCAAGGUUUAUUCCUUGCACAGUAUGAAGUUUUAAGAUCACGUGGACAUACACCCUCCGAGGCGUUUAAUGAGACUGUGGAAGAGGCAACUCAAUCAUUGUAUCCAUUAAUUGGCGCAAAUGGCAUGGAUUGGAUGUAUGCUGCUUGUUCAACAACGGCUCAACGUGGUGCUCUUGAUUGGUAUAAGCCAUUCCGUGAUGCAAACAAACCAGUUUUUGAAAGAUUAUACGAAGCUGUAGCUAAUGGAAGUGAAACUCGUAGAGUUUUGGAAAAGAACUCCUCGCCCACAUAUCGUGAAGAAUUAGAAAAAGAGCUAGAAGAAAUUAGGGAAAGUGAAAUAUGGAAAACUGGUAAGACUGUUAGAAAUCUCCGUCCGGAAAAUAAAUAAAAAAAACUAAAAAAAACUUCUUUUAUGUAAGUAUAUUAUAUCAAUUAACAACGUAUAUAUAAAUUAUAUUAUACUUUAUAUGAUCCUCUAAUUAAAUUAAAUUAGAUUUAAUAAAUUGAAUGAAUUUAUUCGUUUCAUAAAUUUUGGAAGUUUCUUUUACCAUUGAUAAUUUAGCGUUGAUAGUCUAAUUCCGAGAGGCAGUUCAUGAUUUCGGAUUUUUUUUUUUUAAUAAUUAAAUUAUUGAUAUCAUGCUUGCAUCUAUUUAUUUAGGACGCACCAAUAUUGAAUAAUUUG